AUGUGUCAAUGUUCCUCCCUCCUGUGUUCCAACAUAGUCAAAGUGUUCCUCUCUUCUGCUGACCAGGUCACAGUGUUCCUGCUUGUGCUACUUCCUGUGGCAGCCCUCUCUGUUCCUGUGGUCCAAAAAUUCCUUCCAUUGAACUGUGAAGAUAUCAACAGAAAUGGCUCCAAACACAGUGGGGUGUACACUAUCUAUCCUGCAGGACACACCAAAGCUGUCCAGGUGUACUGUGACAUGGGCUGUGAAGAUGGUGAUGAAAAUGAUCGAGGAAUGUGGACAGUGAUUCAGAGGAGAAUGGACGGCUCUCUGAACUUCCACAGACCCUGGGAUCAGUACAAGAGUGGAUUUGGGAACCCAGCUGGGGAGUACUGGCUGGGGCUGGAGAACAUCUUCCUUCUUACUUGGACAAAGAAGUAUGAGUUGCGGGUGGAUAUGGAAGACUUUGAAAGAGGAAAGGUUCAUGCUCAGUACUCCUCUUUCUCAAUCGACCCUGAGUCAGAGGGAUACAAACUGCAUGUUAGCAGCUACAUUGAUGGAGGUGCAGGAGACUCCAUGGCUUACCACAAUGAGAAGAGGUUUUCCACCUUCGACAAUGACCAAGAUACCUGGGGAAGUAACUGCGCUCUGCUCUACCAUGGAGGAUUCUGGUUUGACAGGUGUCUUCAUGCAAACCCAAACGGCUUGUACACAUGGGGUCAAAGAAGCGGCUCGCCCAUCAGCGUUGGUGUUCAGUGGCGAACGUGGAAGGGUGAUUACUACUCCCUGAAAUCUAUCAGCAUGAAGAUCCGAUCUGUGUCUCUGGAACGGUGGGAGGAGUAAACAGAGCUCCUCUCCCCUGCCACGCCCAC